GGGGUGGGUGGGGGGCGCCGGCACCGCCCCCGCCGCAGCCCUCCGCCGUUGGGCUGGGCCGAGGCAACGGAGCUCCCAGAGAGCCGGGUCCAGCCCCCGCUUGGCCCCUGGCCUCUCAAGCCCCUUCCCCCAUGACCUUGGCAGCCUGCGUGAAACCCCAGGAAGAGGGCUAGCCAGACCAGGGCGCCUGGGGAGGUACGGGAGGGAGAUUGUUCUCAGACCUUGGCCCUAUCCUUCAGGAGGAUGGGCAGGGCAGAAGUGAGGUGGGGAGGCCGCUAGGAGCGGUAGGAGCUGAGGGCCUAGGACCCAGGCGCUGGUGUCCUGGCAGCUCCUGGGACUAUGUGGGUACAGAGGUCUGGCCCCAAGGGUCCUUGGAGCCUGCCUCUCCCAGCUGGCCUGACCCACCCUCAAGCCUUGGCCGGCGGCCCCCCACCCCCACCCCAGCAGCUGGACCCUGAGAACACAGGUUUCAUCGGUGCGGACACCUUCACCGGCCUGGUGCACAGCCAUGAGCUGCCUCUGGACCCGGCCAAACUGGACAUGCUGGUGGCUUUGGCCCAGAGCAACGAGCGGGGCCAGGUCUGCUACCAGGAGCUGGUGGACCUGAUCAGCAGUAAACGCUCCAGCAGCUUUAAGCGGGCCAUCGCCAACGGACAGAGGGCUCUGCCCCGGGACGGGCUGCUGGACGAGCCGGGCUUGGGCGUCUACAAGCGGUUUGUGCGCUACGUCGCCUACGAGAUCCUGCCCCGAGAGGUGGACCGCCACUGGUACUUCUACCGGCACCGCAGCUGCCCACCCCCUGUGUUCAUGGCGUCGGUCACCCUUGCCCAGAUCAUCGUGUUCCUGUGCUACGGGGCCCGUCUCAACAAGUGGGUGCUGCAGACCUACCACCCCGAGUACAUGAAGAGCCCCCUCGUGUACCAUCCGGGCCACCGUGCGCGAGCCUGGCGCUUCCUCACCUACAUGUUCAUGCACGUUGGCCUGGAGCAGCUAGGGUUCAACGCACUCCUGCAGCUGAUGAUCGGGGUGCCCUUGGAGAUGGUGCACGGUCUGCUCCGCAUCAGCCUGCUCUACCUGGCCGGUGUGCUGGCAGGCUCCCUGACGGUCUCCAUUACCGACAUGCGGGCCCCUGUGGUGGGGGGCUCUGGUGGGGUCUACGCCUUGUGCUCGGCACACCUGGCCAACGUCGUCAUGAACUGGGCUGGGAUGAGGUGUCCCUACAAGCUACUGAGGAUGGUGCUGGCCUUGGUGUGCAUGAGCUCCGAGGUGGGCCGGGCCGUGUGGCUCCGUUUUUCCCCACCACUGCCUGCCUCAGGCCCACAGCCCAGCUUCAUGGCGCACCUGGCAGGCGCGGUGGUUGGGGUCAGCAUGGGCCUGACCAUCCUGCGCAGCUACGAGGAGCGACUUCGGGACCAGUGUGGCUGGUGGGUGGUGCUGCUUGCCUAUGGCACCUUCCUGCUCUUUGCCAUCUUCUGGAACGUCUUCGCCUAUGACUUGCUAGGCGCCCACAUUCCCCCACCACCCUGAUGAGCCCCCCAGGGCCACACAGGCCAGGGCGCAGGCGGGUGUGGGCCAGCCGUCAGGCGAGCCCGCGCGUCCGUCCUCUGUGAAUGCACAUCUCAAGACUGCUUGUCCUCCGUGGGGACCGGUGGGCCCUGUAGCCCGUGGCGUCCAGGCCAAGCCUUAUAUCAGCCCUGGCCACCCCCUCCCAGGCCUGGGGAGGUAGGACUGCCUAGCCAGGGAGUGGAGGUCCCCAAGUGUGGCCCUGGAGGAGACCCUGCCCCGGCCUCUCCCCCACGACUUGCGGUCUGAGCCUUUUUGGAAAACGAAUAAAUAUUUUACACAGCA